AUUUUAGGGUACUGUUUGCGAUGAAGAAGGCGCCAGUCCAAGAGGCGGAGUUGAAGAACAAGGCGGGCACGGCGUGGAGCCAUUCCUAUCUCAAUCAGAAGCCCUGGCAUCCGCUCUCGUAUCCCAACCAGCGGCGCAAAUGGAUCGCGGAGCAGACACAUUUGCAGCGGGAGCGCCGGAACGAGGAUGUUGCGCGAGAGUUUGCACAAGAGCAAGAGUUUUAUCGGCAAACUGCGAUGCUAUCCAAGAAAGAACAAGAGAAGGCCGAAGCUAUGAAAGCUUUGAGCUUCAUGUAUUUGCGACCACCUGGUUACAAUGCUGAGAGUGCCAGAGCAGCAGAGAUUGCCGAUGAGAGGAAAAAACUUGGUGAUGAUGAUCCUGUUCCAUCUGAGGAGUACACCAGGCCACAGCCGGAAAAGAAAAAAGCCAGGGUGUUGGAUAUAUACGGGAGACCUGUGCCAACUGAGGAAGAGUUUCCUGCCUUGAAGAAUGCUCCCAGGCUCGAUACUGGAACUAUUGCUCGUGCAAAGCCAUUUGGAGUGGAGAUCCGAAAUGUGAAAUGUGCUCGAUGUGGAAGUUUUGGCCACCAAAGUGGCGACCGAGAGUGCACCAUGAAAGAUACUAUUAUGCCAAGCGAGCAAGCACGGCUGAGGCGAGAUGAUCCUUUGAAUGCGAUGGUUGGACAGACUGAAAACAAUAAAUGGGAGCUGAAACAGCAACUUGGAGGCAUGAGUCCUCCCCGUGGCGGCUUUAAGCCCGACGAUCCGAAUCAACAGAUAAUCGCGGAAGAUGAUGUUUAUGACGAAUAUGGAGGUUUUCUGGGAGAGGGAUUGGCCGACGCACUUGCAUCGUUUUCACGUGACCGUUUAAAAAGGGACAAAAAACGGCACAGGAAGGAGAAGAGGCAUAAGAGAAAAAAGAUGAGAACCGACGAUUCAAGUAGCGACUCGGAAGAUAUGGAACCCACAAGAAAACACGGGCAUAGAAAAGACGGGAGGGAGGGUGGAGCUACGGACGAGGAAGAAAAACCCGAUAGAGAUGAAAAGAAGCACAGCAGACGAUUGGACGACUCAAGCGACUCGGAUUCAAAGCAUGGGAAAAGACACCACCGAAACUCGAACAGUAGGAAUAGAGACGCAGAGAAAGACAGGCACAGGGACAGGAAGGAUGCAGGAAGGGAUCAUGGUGGUGGAAGCUAUGAUUCGAGAAACGAUCAUAACGACGCCGUGGUCAUUAAGAGCCGAAGAAGCGAGCCUCCUGUCGACAAGCACAAUGGUGGAAGGGGUUCGAGGAAGGAUGACGAGGCCGCCGACACAAGCCAAAGGCACAGCAGGCACCACCGUCGGUAGAGCCGGGGUUUUGGAGCUUCGCGGCUGUGCCACGCGAAGGCACACGCGUUUUAUCAUCUCAAAGCAGGGAACAAAAGAAAGGAAGGAAACAGGAAAAAUGGCGCUUUUUGAGGUGGAGGAGAAGGAUUGAGAUCCAUGACGACGAUGACAAGCUCUGCGGUACGCUUGGUGCCACUUGCCGCAAAGAUGUGCAUGAAAGCCAAACACAGUGGCCAGCACAGGACGAGAUUUUCCUGGCUUAUCCAAACAGAAGGUGGGACGCGAGCACUAUACGACCGAAAACGAAGUAGCAAAGAGCUUGAGGAGAGAGCGCGUAAGAAGAUGUGAUCAAUAGUGUGAUCGAGCUCUCCCUUUCGAAAGAAGAAUCGUGAGGUAAGUCUCGUGGGGUCACAGGAAAUCUCUCCACGCUUUCAAUGCGCGUAAGAUGAUCUUAGCGUUUUUGGAUUGAUCAGGAAAUCUAGAAGAAGUUUCUAAGAGGAACUUAAAACUUGAGAGGAAACUCCCGGCGCUGUUCAAAGCUUCUCGCGCGGGAGUAAAAAGAAGGUUUUUACGUCGCGCAUCAAAACGUUGAAUUUAUUUGAAGAUUCUUUGUC